AUGACUUGGAAGCAAAAUAAAAGCAAUGUUCCGGCAUCGUUGAACAUCAGCGCGGUCACGCCGGAAAUACUGGCCACCUCAAGGCCAUCGACGCUUCUCAUUCAACGCUACCAACUGGUGCAGGAGAUGCGGAAGGCCGGAAUCAAGAGUAUUUUUAACUUACAGAUGCCGUUCGAGCAUCGGUACUGCGGCACUCCUCUUAUGAAACAGGGCUUUGCCUACGAUCCUGAAUUAUUCAUGCAAAACAAACGUAACCUGUUACUUUCUAAAAACGUUAUUUUGUACUUGCGGUAUAUUUCAGUUACCUUCUUCAACUUUGGCUGGCCUGAUUAUGGAAUCGUUUCCGUUCGCUACUUGCUAGACAUAGUCAAGGUGAUGAGACAUUCAGUUGCUUCCGGAAAGAUCACGGUUCACUGUCAUGCUGGACUGGGAAGAACCGGGCUCCUAAUCUGCUCAUACCUUAUGCUAUCGAUGAACUGGAAUCCGCACGAGGCACUGACAUAUCCACACUCUAUUUCAGGCCUGGUUCCGUACAAACAUCUGCACAAUCUAUCAUUCGCGGACCAUAUCCAGCAGCAGAGGCUGGUUUUGUGCGGUUCAGAAGCGCUGGCGUUGAAGCACAUUCCUAAGAUUGUUUUCGUCAUAUGCGAGCUACUGCUUGAAUUGAACGGGAUUAACGUGGCGGGAAAAGUCAAACGAAGCUUUGAUAACGUGGACUUGGACGAAUUCCUGUUUAGUGCCUUUCGCAACGAUGCCGUAGUCGGCACAGCAGGCAAUGGUCAAUCGCUUAACAAUUUUUCCGUGGAUGAUAAAAAAAAGCUCGAAAGCAAACGACAAGAACUUCGGUCAGCAAGAAGCUUCUCGCAAACGCUUGACGACCUAGAAAAUCUCAGUACCGCAGCCGUUCAGCAUACACGCUCACAACGGAUCACCUUUUCGUACAUACUCAAAGUGUUUAGCUGUUUAUGCAACGAAGAAAAUUUCCUGAUCUACAAAGUCGCUACUGUGUUGUGCAAAUGGCUGGGCAGGAGCGAAGCCGAGUCGCAUAUAAGCAGUUUCGCUUUGUGCCUAAAGAAUCCGCUAACAUUCGCCUGA